UCAUUCAACCAUUAGUAAUAGACAACCACUCUAAACAAACUCUCCGAAAAAGAUAAUAUAAAUAUACGCUAUUGUUACAGAUCGUUCUCGAGCAUUUCAUCACACUCUUCAGACUUCACUGAACUUCAAAGUCUCGCUCUCUCCGAAUAAUUUCAUUUCAAAAUGGCUGAGGCUGCUGCCCCUAACGCUGAGCUGUUGGAGUGGCCAAAGAAAGAUAAGCGACGCAUGCUUCAUGUUGUGUAUCGUGUUGGUGAUCUUGAUCGCACCAUCAAGUUCUAUACUGAAUGCUUAGGGAUGAAGCUGUUGAGGCAAAGAGACAUACCAGAUGAGAAAUUCACCAAUGCCUUUCUUGGGUUUGGCCCAGAAGAGUCUAACUUUGUCGUUGAGUUAACUUACAAUUAUGGUGUAUCAUCAUAUGAUAUUGGAGCUGGUUUUGGGCAUUUCGGAAUUGCUACUCAAGAUGUUUACAAAAUGGUUGAAGACAUUCGUGCCAAGGGUGGCACUAUCACUAGAGAGCCUGGUCCAGUUAAAGGUGGAACGACUCACAUUGCCUUUAUAAAGGAUCCUGAUGGUUAUAUUUUUGAACUCAUCCAAAGGGGUCCAACUCCUGAACCGUUCUGUCAAGUAAUGCUUCGUGUUGGUGAUCUAGAUCGCUCCAUUAAGUUCUAUGAAAAGGCUUUGGGGAUGAAGCUGUUACGGACGGUUGAUAAGCCUGAGUAUAAGUACACCCUAGCUAUGAUUGGAUAUGCAGAUGAAUAUGAGACAACUGUUCUGGAAUUAACUUACAAUUAUGGUGUGACUGAGUAUACCAAGGGAAAUGCAUAUGCUCAGAUUGCUAUUGGUACUGAUGAUGUAUACAAAAGUGCUGAGGUUGUCAACCUGGUCACACAAGAGCUUGGAGGAAAGAUAACCCGACAACCAGGACCAAUUCCUGGACUCAACACCAAAAUUACCUCAUUCCUGGACCCAGAUGGCUGGAAGACGGUCCUGGUUGACAAUGAAGAUUUUCUGAAGGAACUGAAGUAAGGUAUGAAGGAUUUCAGGAAACCAUCAAGUAGUAUUAUUACUAGUAUGAAUAAGUUAGGUCUAGUGUUGAAAGCGACCAACAUGCCUGUUUCAAUAUGGUUGCUAGAGUGAUUUGUAUAAUGAUAUGCUGCUUUAAACGUCGGACACUUAUUUGUAUGUAUCAAUCUAUCGAGCAUCAUCGACGUUAUUUAUUGUAUUGUUGAUCCA